GUCAGUCGGGCACGAUCCGGAACCCCACCGCCAAUCUUCAAUCUCGUUGCAGUUGCAACGAGGGAGGCAAAGCACACAAGCCGAAAAGAAUGGACAUGAGUUGCUUUCACACCUUCCAUACUCCGUGUCUUCGUCUUCCCGUCGACCCGAUUCCAAUUUCAGGAGCCAAACCACCACCAACACGUCGGGAUACCACCCAUUUCCGAAAGACCGUGCGAGGUCCUGUCAAACAGACGAGAACUCCUACGGCGACGAAAUCUUUGGUGCCCAAUAAUGUCGAGCUCCUCACGAGCACGUCGAACCCGUUCGUGAAGCACUGCGUCAAGCUCCGCCAGAGCUCCUCCUAUCGCCACUCCCACAGUUCGGCUCUUGUCGUGGGCACAACCCCGAUAAGGGAGAUCUGUAAUUUUCAGUCGUUGAAGAACAAAACUGCUAUAAUUGAUUGCUUACUACUUCUUGAUAAAGCUCAGAUUCCUGAUGAUCUGGAAGAACAUUCAGUCCGUCUGGUGCGUGUAAGUUCAUUGAUUAUGGAAAAACUUUCUGGGGUCGAAUCGGCUGAAUCAAUUGAAGCAGUUGCUCUGAUGAGAAUGCCCUCCACUUUCUACAAUGUCAAUCAUGAGGCCGAUGACAGAGAUUGUCGGAGAUGGUUUGCCUCUCCUUAUCGAAUUCUCGUCCUUGAUGGGAUCCAGGACCCAGGCAACCUUGGAACAUUACUAAGAUCAGCUGCUGCAUUUAAUUGGGAUGGCGUUUUUCUGCUUCCUGGCUGUUGUGACCCUUUCAAUGAUAAGGCCCUUCGAGCGAGCCGCGGAGCCUCAUUCCAGCUCUCUAUGGUAUUAGGAAGGUGGAGCAAUCUCGAAGCUCUUCGGAAUGAAUUUCAGAUGAAGUUACUGGCUGGUCACCCCGAGAGCAAGGCGGGACAAAAACUGGUGUCGAAUUUGUCUCCGAGUUUUGUUGAUUCAUUAGCCAAUGUGCCUGUAUUGUUGGUUUUGGGUAGCGAAGGAAGAGGCCUCUCUGAGGAAUCUGAGUCUCUGUGCGAGUUAGUUAGUAUCCCGAUGGCAGGAAAGUUCGAGUCUCUGAAUGUUUCGGUUGCUGGUGGAAUUUUUUUGUAUAUGCUCCAACCUCAAGUUUGGGUUACUCGUUCUACAUUUUCCUAAUGGAAAUGGAUACUUGAAAUUGCCAA